AGGGUCACGUGGCCGCUGGAACCCGGAAGCGCGUGUUGCUGGCGCCGCCGCCUCUGAGCAUGGGCAGAGCGCUCGGCCGCCGCUCUCCCGCCGCCGCGUCUCCGGGGAAGGGAGGGCAGCCCCGAGCGGCGCGGGGAGGCGCGGCCUGAAGCGGCCGGGCCCAUGGCCGACCCCGACCCCGGCCCCGGCCCCGGCCCGCCGGAGCCCGCCUGGUGGAACUGCUUUUUCCUUUACGAUGGUUCUAAGGUGAAGGAAGAAGGGGACCCCACGCAAGCUGGUAUCUGCUAUUUCAGCCCCUCUCAGACCCCUCUGGACCAGCAGGAGCUGAUAUGCAGCCAGGUGGCAGGUGUGGUCCGUUGGAUGGCAGAGAUCUCUGGUUCACCACCCCAGCUCAUUCGCCUGAGGAAGCUCAAGUUUUCCGUGAAAGUGGAUGGCAGCUACCUUUGGGUGCUGGGCUGCACUGCUGACCUGCCUGAUACCAGCUGCCAGCACUUCCUGGACCACCUGACUGGACUCUUCUGCUUUCACAAUGGACCCCUUCCUCAAGCCUACGAGGAGCGCCCACGGGAAGAGCUGGACCAGGAAUGGGAGCGGUAUGUGAGGCAUUUGCAGUGCAACACCAGCGACCUGCACCGGAUCUUCAGCUCCCUUUGGGCCGUGGACAAAACCAAAGUGGAUCCACUGCUGCUGCUGAAAGCGGCCCUGAUCCUCCAGACAUGCCAGCGCACUCUUCACGUGUUGGCUGGAUGCAUUGUCUACAAGGGCUUGGUCGUCAGCACCCAGUUGCCACCCGACCUCACUGCCCGGGUUCUGCUGCAAGAGGCAGAGAGAGACCCCAAGGGCCUGCCCACAGAUGGAGGCUCGCUGCAGGAUCAGGAAAACCUUUUGCUGCCCCCGGAAGCUCCCCGUUUACCUCAAGGGGUCCAGAUCACCCCCGUUUAUCUCUUAGAAAGUGAAGCAGCCACGUUGCGAGGCUUUCCUGUGGAGUGGAUGGUCAGGUCUCAGGGGGGCCAAGCGAGCAGUGCUGAUGAUGGAGCAGCCUCGGCAGCCAUCACCAAUGGGCCCGGUGGAGCAGCUUUGGUGAGGAUGGCCUUGUACGUCCACCGCGUCCGAGGUUUGGUGCUCGUCCUCCUGGCUGAAGAGCAAUUUGUUGAGAGUGAGGGCUCCAUCAAGGAUGUGUAUCACAGCAGUCUGGCCUCUCUGAACGGGUUGGAGGUCCACCUACAGGAGACCCUGCCAAAGGGUGGCCUCGGCUCGGCCAAGAGCUCCUACGGCUUUGCGCAUUAUGACUUGAUCCAGAACGUUCUUACCACUAACUUUUCACCAGCCGGCAACCCCCAGGACCAGCACUUCCAGAGAGCGGCGAGCUUGAUCCAUGCUGACUUAAACCAGCUGCCAAUGGUGUCGGAAAUAACCGUCCGGAACGCUUCCACAGCCGUGUACGCCUGCCGGAACGCUAUCCAAGAAACGUACUUCUUCCAGGUGGGCUCCCCACUCCGCAAUUCGGGGGCACCUAAUCCUCAAGACAGCGCCUUCGCCUUGCCCUCCAAGGCCAAGCAGAAGCUACUGAAGCACGGCGUGAACUUGCUCUGAGCCAGGCAGCCUUGCGGCGUGUAGCAGCCAUCUGGGACCUUUGAGCACUAUGGAAAUGCCUUUGUGUUUUUUAAAAAUAAUGUGGGUGGGUGUGGGAGGAUACACCACAGCGUGGGGACAGCCACUUCCAACCAUGCCUCUCGUCGUUUGCACUUUUGGCAAAGAAAGUCCAGGUUUCCUGGAGGGGGGCGGCGGCCAUCCUUUGCCAGAUACUGGCGGGGGGGGGGGGAGCAUAAAGCUUUCAGACAUGCGCCACUUCCUACUGCAUGUAGAUGUACACCAUGCAAGAUUGUACCCUUUCUACUCUUUUUUUUAAUCAGGUGAGACCCUACACUCAUCAUUCUCAAGCUUUAGCCUCUCCUGCAGGCAUUUCUGUUGGGAGGUGGUGGCAGAUAGUUUAUCCCUCCCCUCCACCGAUACAAAUGUUCGAAAUGGAAGGCGCGCACUCACCCCACCUCUCCUGAUGGGAGAGAACAGAAUGGGGCGGGGAAGGAAGAGCUUCACAGAGGGCAGACUUCUUGUACCCAUGUGGAGGCAGCACUAAUAAAGUUUCCAGCUCUG